AUGUCAGUCGAGGAGCGCCGGGGUCAGAUUUUGAUAGUGUCCUCCCUGUCGGGCUUUGUGGCGCUGCCGGGGCAGUCAGCAUACAGCGCCACCAAAUUUGCACUGCGGGGCUUUGCUGACGCGCUGCAGUUUGAGAGCAGCAUGCUGGAUGCCAUGAACGCGCGCACCAGAGCCCUCAUUGACGAGCUGCCCUCCGUCAAUGUCUACCCUGCCCGCCAGUCCUCAUAG